UCCACAGGAGGACAUGUUUCCUGGUUGGGCCUGUGGUUGUGCUGGGAGGAGUCACACAGACCUGGCAACCCGGACAGUCGCUUUGUUAACACUUCAUUGAGCCAAGAUGGCAGAUUUCGAUGAGCUCAGCGAUGAAGAGAAGGUCCGUGUUGCAGCUAAUUUUGUGAUGCACGCUCCUCCAGGAGAGUUCAAUGAAGUUUUCAAUGAUGUGCGAAUACUGCUCAACAAUGAUAAUCUUCUCAGAGAGGGCGCGGCUCAUGCCUUUGCCCAGUACAACAUGGAUCAGUUCACUCUUGCCAAAAUUGAAGGAUAUGAAGAUCAGGUCCUGAUAACGGAGCAUGGAGAUCUGGGUAAUGGGCGCUUCUUUGACCCUCACAACAAGAUCUCCUUCAAGUUUGACCACCUGAGAAAAGAAGCCAGCGACCCCCAGCCCCAUGAGGGCGAGUCAGCCCUCAGGUCAUGGAGAGACGCCUGUGAUUCUGCCCUCAGGGCCUACGUCAAGGAGCACUACCCCAGUGGAGUUUGCACCGUUUAUGGGAAAACAAUCGAUGGCCAGCAGACCAUUAUCGCUUGUAUCGAGGGUCAUCAAUUUGAGCCUAAAAACUUCUGGAACGGUCGUUGCCGAUCUGAAUGGAAGUUCAGUGUCUCGCAAUCUACAGCACAGGUGGUUGGAGUCUUGAAAAUACAGGUACAUUAUUAUGAGGAUGGAAAUGUGCAGCUGGUCAGCCACAAAGAUGUACAGGAAGCACUGACUGUGUCUAAUGAGAGCCAGACUGCAAAGGAACUUGUGAAAAUUGUUGAGGAUGCAGAGAAUGAAUACCAGGUGGCCAUCAGUGAGAACUAUCAGACAAUGUCGGACACCACGUUCAAAGCCUUACGCAGACAGCUCCCAGUCACCCGCACCAAGAUUGACUGGAACAAGAUCCUCAGCUAUAAGAUAGGCAAAGAGAUGCAGAAUGCUUAGAGGACGGAGGCUGUUUCGGUGACGACAAACACAAUUGGGGAGAAGCUGAUGCUCGUGCGAACAUGUGUGAUGCAAUGUGUCCUGCUAAAAGAGACAUUUGUUUGGGAUUUCUUUUUGACCGCUUCCGUUAUGCACUACGAGGGGAUGCCUUCAUUUUACAUUGAGCGAUGUAACUGUCGCUCACUUGCAAACAUAUUAUUUUUCAACAAACGAUGCCUUUAGUGACACUGAAGUGACGGGUCAUGUCCUGCUAUUCGUAUUCAAAGUCACAAGUUAAACAAAGCAAAGUUUCUGAUCCCUCAGUGCUUCAAAAUGGACGUAAAUCCUCCCAAAACCUCUUGACUUUCAUGUAGCGACUAAUCGACCCCCUCUAUAUAACAUAACCGAUAUUCUUUAAGAGCUUCCAAUACCUCCUAUAGUUUUUUAUUAACAGAAGGCAAAUACUGUAUGCAAUUUGAAAUAUUAACGGAGACACUCGACAGCCCCAAACUACACAGUUUUAGUCUGAAGAUCUAUGUUUGCAUCCCUCUCGCAGGGUUGUUGGCAAUGUAUAAACGUUUUCUUCUUUUCCCAUUCACUGACUUUGUUCUUUCACUUGUCCUUGAGACAUUUUUGGUGAUAAUCCCUCUGUCCUCCCCUGGACUGAUAAAGUAUUGGUGUCCUCCUGCCAGCGGUUUGCCUUUUAGCUUUUGCUAUAUUUUUUAUACAAACUGUAAGUACAUUUAUUAUUCAUGAAAUAAAAAUAUGAUCUUCAAGCAAUGGUGAUCAUUUGUGUGUUA